AUGCUGUCUGCUGGGCCCUGCCCCCAAGUUGAUGAUUUCACACCCGGCAGGGUGGGUAGCAUGCUGCCCGCGAGUGAUGCACAGGCUCCCGCCACGACCGCUGCCGUCCCUAUGGAGGUUGACCAGUGCGCGAUGCGUCAGGCAGCAAGCCACACUCCGCCGUCUCCCCCUCUCGUGCUCCGCCUCGGCGGCAAGCGUCGCCGCUUGAGCGAUGACGGCGACGACGACCCGCGCGAGCAAGACGAGCAACUGCUGCUCGAGGACGUUGAGGCCGGCCCUCAGAACUUAGCCCUUUGGCCAUCCACGGCCAGCGCACUCCCGUCCUCCGUCCUGUCCGCGUAG